CCCGAAAGGCUAGAGCCCAAGUGGCUUUGACCAGUCGAGCAGCCUCAAUCGAGCAGCUUCACCUUCGUCCUCCCAGAAAUAGCGUUCCGGCGCCGCCGCCGCUGCCCACCGCCGCCCCGUGCGUCUCGCCAUCCCAUCGAUUUCCCCCUUGCUUCCCCAUCCCAUGGCUCUCGCGUUCGCAUCUCACGCGCGCCGCCUCGUCCUCGCCGGCGCUGGAGCUCCGGCGAGAGCGUUCCACGCCCAGCCCUACCAAGCCAAGGUAGGCGUGGUGGAGUUCCUGAACGGCGUGGGGAAGGGGGUGGAGACGCACGCCGCGAAGCUGGAGGAGGCCGUGGGCGGCGACCUCCAGAGGCUCCUCGAGGCCCGCACGCUGCGGCUCAAGAAGCUCGGCAUCCCCUGCAAGCAUAGGAAGUUGAUCUUGAGUUUUGCUCACAAGUAUCGUCUUGGUCUCUGGAAGCCCCGAGCAGAACCAAGGAAAGUUGAAUGAAGUUGGUUUGUUCUUGAAAUGCUCACAUUGAAACAAUCUGUUGUUGUUGGCCCCAAGCAUGUUGGAGACACUGAUUAGUUGCUUUGUACUUUGGAGGCCACAAGGCCACAAUCUUUGUUCUCUGCCCAUGCUCAUUUGCAACCAUUGCGCAAAAUCUGAAAAAAUAUUAACUACCUAUGGUGUGGUUUUGCUCCUUUUGUAACAACAAACCUUACGAAUAAUACCCGCAGUCCCCUCUAAUGGUUUCUCACUUCAUUUGUAUUGUUACUUAGGCAUUUCUUGUACCAACAUUGGCGUUUUGUGAGUGUACUUUAAAGAAAUUGAUUGCGUUCAGAGUUGGAUCA